GAUGACAAUCGGAGCUCUAAUUUUCAUAGCAGUCCAAGUAGAGUGUACUCCAAGCGUCGUUUAGUUUUCUCUGAUUAUAUCUUAGAGAACAGCUAUGGCACCAAGAAGAGUGGGUGGUAGCAGAAGGGAUGCUGCAUUGGAUGCUAUGCGUGCAUUUGGGUUUGAGGACAGUCUAACUAGGAAAACACUCAAUGAGCUACUCAAGGUUUAUGGUAAAGAUGGAUGGCCUUUUAUCGAGACAGAUUGUUACAAGGUCUUGACUGAGGCUAUUCUGGACACUCUCGAUCAGAAACAGCUUGAGCAGGACCAUGAAAAUCUAAUUGAUAACAAGCCUCAACAGGAUGAUGAUAAUCUCGUUCAACUUCUGCCUGAUCAAGACCAUUUCAACAAAGCUCUGCCUGGCCUCCUAAUAGCUGACCGCCCACAUGCAGAUGAAACUCAAGAUCAGGACAAUGUUACACCAAAGAUUAAUGAAUCAGAUGUUGCUUGUGGAGAUCGUGUGCAGGAACUCUCGGUGCAAGUUCUGCAAGCUGAAGACUUCGCUGUCGGGAGAUGUCCAGAAGGCCAGAAACAACUUGAGCAGCAACACGGCAAUCUAAUCGAUAACCAGCCUCAACAGGACAAUAAUAAUCACAUUGAGCUUCAGCCUGAUAAAGACCAUUUCCCAGAAGUGCUGCCUGACCUUCUGAUAACUGACCGUCCACACAUAGAUGAAUCACUAGAUCAGGAUGAAAUUGCACCACAGAUUGAUGAGUUACAGGUUGGUUGCGGAGAUCAUGUGCAGGGAAGGUUGGAGAAAGUGCUGCAAGCUGAUGAAGUCCAUUUUGCUGUGAGGAAAUGUUCAGCACACCAAGCCAUCAAUCCAAAGCCUGAAACAUGUGUGGCUGAUGAUAUUGCCAAGGAAGGUGCAGACAUGCCGAGGCGUAAACCAUGCUUUGGAUGGAUUAGUGAUGAGGAAGAAGAUGACUACAUCAUUCUGAAACGAUCAAACCAGUGACUUCUGCUAUUGUUACCGACUCCAUAAAAUAUAUAGUUAUUUUUGGUGUUGCACCAAAUGAUUACAUAUUCACUGAAUUAUAUUCUUGAUUUUUGGAACAAAAGGUACUUAUCUGGUCAGAGAGAAGAUAUAUAAUAAACAUUGGGUUUUUCAUUGACAAAAGCAACAA